AUGGCCAACGACGAGUCGAAAGAUGAGUGUGACCAAAGGGUUACCAGACUUUGGAAACGCCUGGGUGCCGAAAAGAAGGAUCACUUGGAUUAUAAUGGGUUAAAGAAGGGCUUGAGGAAGAUCGAUCACCCCCUAAAGAACGCUGAUUCUAUGUUGCGGAAUAUCUUUCGGUCCGUCGAUGCCAACGGCGAUGGGAUCAUAGAAUACUCCGAAUUCCGAGCAUUUGUUGACAGCGCCGAGCUCGAGCUCUCGCACCUUUUCAAGAGUAUUGAUCACAACCGUAACGGGGAAAUCGACAAAGACGAGCUCAAAGCUGCUUUCGCAAAAUCCGGCGUCACCGUUUCGAAGGCCAAGCUGGACAAGUUUUUUGCGGACGUAGAUACGAAUAAAGAUGGUGUUAUUUCAUAUCCAGAGUGGAGGGACUUCCUCCUCUUCCUGUCCGGUUACUCGGCUUACGACCUGCACGCCGUCCUGUCAUACUACACUGCCACGGGAAAUCUAAACCCGGAAGGAGAUGUCCACAUAAACGAUCUACAGGGUUUAGGUUAUUUCAUUGCUGGUGGUAUCGCAGGAGCCGUGUCCAGGACAGCCACUGCGCCAUUGGACCGACUUAAAGUAUAUCUUAUCGCGAAGACCGGAUCAAAAUCGCCCGCCGUCAGUGCCGCCAAAGAUGGAGCUCCACUUAAGGCGGCUGGGAGAGCCUCCAAAUCCCUGGUUGAUGCGGUGAAAGAGCUCUGGAGAGCGGGCGGUAUCCGGAGUCUUUUUGCAGGCAACGGGUUGAACGUUGUCAAAGUUAUGCCCGAAUCAGCGAUAAAGUUUGGAGCCUACGAGUCUGCAAAACGCGCUUUUGCUCGUCUUGAGGGCCACAAUGACCCAAAGCGCCUUAGGCCCACCUCACAGUUUUUAUCCGGAGGAUGUGGUGGAAUGGUUGCCCAGUGCUUUGUUUACCCUCUUGAUACCCUGAAAUUCCGGAUGCAAUGCGAAAUCGUUGAAGGUGGCUUGAAGGGCAACCAAUUAAUCGCGGCCACAGCUCGGAAGGUGUGGAACAAAAAUGGCAUGUUCGGAUUCUUCCGUGGUUUGCCGCUUGGUCUUAUGGGGAUGUUCCCCUACGCGGCCAUUGAUCUUUCAACAUUUGAAUACUUGAAACGCACCCUGCUUGCUCGAAAAGCACGUCUACACGGCUGCCAUGAAGACGAUGUUCCUCUUAACAAUUUCACAACAGGAGCUAUUGGUGCCAUUAGUGGAGGGGCUAGCGCCUCCGUUGUUUACCCUUUGAACGUUCUUCGAACUCGAAUGCAGGCCCAGGGCACUAUCCUCCAUCCGACAACCUACAAUGGAGUCAUGGAUGUCGCCCGCAAAACGGUCCAGAGCGAAGGUCUCCGUGGAUUCUAUAAAGGACUCACUCCAAACCUUCUUAAGGUCGCACCAGCAGUGUCUAUCAGUUAUGUCGUCUACGAAAACUCGAAGCGAAUGCUCGGUUUGAGGUAG